GACUCGCCAUCGACCCCGACUUCGAAACUCCCGAGGUCGCUUCCUCAAGCUGCCGCCAGCAUGUCAUCCACAACAUCUAUCCAGCUCGAGUCUCAGAGCAUCCCGACCACGAACAUCAGCAGCAACACCUCCCGUCUGAGAGGCCCUGCAAACCCGGGCACCGCCUCUGCUCCGCUCGAUCCGAUCCUCGAGGCAUCCCGGCAGGCCGACAGUCAAGUCCCCGACGGCGGCUAUGGCUGGGUCGUAGCGGGAUGCUGCUUCGUGCUUUCGUUCUGGAUCGUCGGCAUCUCGUACAGCUGGGGCGUGAUGCAGGCCGUCCUCAUCGCCCGGGGCCUCGCGUCGCCCUCGACGCUGUCCUUUGCCGGCUCGCUCGCCCCGGCCCUGAUCUCCGUCACCGCCGUCGUCAACGCCCAGUUCUUCAGGAAGGUGGGCGCGAGGUGGGUGGCCGGCAUGGGCGUGGUCCUGCUCGGCCUGGGCCAGGUCCUCGCCGGGUUCGCCAUCGACAACGUCGCGGGCCUGUUCGUGACCAACGGCGUCACCGUCGGCCUCGGCAUGGGCUUGUGCUUCUCGACCCUGUCCAUCAUGCCCCCGCAGUACUUUAGCCGCAGGCGCGGGCUCGCCAACGGCAUCGUCUUCUCGGGCGGCGGCUUCGGCGGCGCCGCCCUCAGCAUCGUCUCGGACAAGCUCAUCCGGCGCCUGGGCCCGGCCUGGACCUAUCGCGCCAUCGGCCUCGGCAUCUUGGCCACGGGCCUGCCGGCCGCGGUGCUAAUCCGGGAGCGGGUCGAGGUCAAGAACGCCAGGAGAAGCACCGCCGCCGGUGCCGCCCGCGGGAUGGUGGAAUGGGGGCUCUUCAGGAACCCGGCCUUUGCGUUCCUCUUCGCCGCCAGCGCCAUCGGGACGUUCCCGCUGCUCGUGCCGCCCUUCUUCAUCCCGCUCUACGCGCAGCAGGGUCUCGGGCUCCCGUCGGCCACGGGCGCCGCCCUGCUCGCCGGCUUCAACUUGACCUCGGCGGUCGGCAGGAUUCUGUGCGGGCUCCUCUGCGACAGGCUGGGCGCCGUCAACACCCUGCUUGGCAGCUUCGUGAUGGGUGCCGUCAGCAUGCUGGUCCUGUGGCCGGCGUCGACCAGCCUCGCUCCGCUGGCCGUGUUUGUGGUCGUCAACGGAGUGGCCAACGGCGCCUUCUUCUCCACGAUGCCGACCGUGGCGGGCAACAUCUUUGGGUCGGCGAGGGUGGGUGUCGCCAUGGGCAUGCUAGUCACCGGCUGGGGUGGAGGAUAUUUGAUGGUUAGUCACGUCUUGUUCCUUGCUUGUGGCGCCCCCAUCGCAGGACAUCUUCUUGAUGCAUAUGGAGGCUCCGAAAAUGGCCUCCAAGCCUACAGACCAGCCAUGUUCUAUGCCGGAUCCCUGACGCUCGUGUCGGGUACCUUUGUCGCCUUGAUGCGCUACCGGCUGACAAAGGCAUGGCUGGCCAAGAUAUAA